AUGGCUCAAGGCUACAGCAUCAUAAUCGGGUUCGUGGUCGUGGCUGCUCUCAGCGCGAUUGCAUGGUUCCUCUCCCCGAAGGGCGAGAAUCAGAUCAUCUGGCGAUCCUCCCUCAUCCUCGCCUUCGUGAGCUGCUACCUCAUGUGGGCCAUUACGUUUCUGGCGCAGCUACAUCCCCUGAUCGAGCCUCGACGAAGCGACCUGAGGGGGGAGUUUCUGGAGCACUGA